CGCACCCUUUCCCAGCACCACGCUUCCUUCUAUAAUAAGCCUGAGAUAUUAGAUAGAAGCAUGGUAUCCCGUCCGAGUCUCUUUCUUCUCCAGACUCUAGGCUGGCCGACUAGUUCAGCCUCAGGUUCAUUCAACCCCUAAAUCUCUGAGGCUGUCGCAUGGGCGUGUCCAUGUCCGUGGCCGUGCCUGGCCUGAAUUGUCGCGCUCUACUACUGGGCAGCCCACUGCGUCCGUCCCCUUUAGCCCUCCACUUGGUGGCCUGCGGGCGGCAGGGAUGAUCUGGAUGAGCUGGAGGAGCAACUCAUGAUCCGGCCUGAAAUGAUCUGCCAGUCGCGCUAUGGGCCUGUCGGAUCCUGCCUGGCGUGGUGACCCCAUGUCCAAAGGAGCCUAUGCCCGUUGUUCCCCGGGCCACUUAUCUCAACUGGGGCCAUGUUAGCUGCACUGACAGAGGGGCCCUGGUUGCAGUACAUUGCACCAGUCAACUUCAGCGUGCCUCCAGUGCCUCCAUGCUCUUCUGCAUACUGCUAAUUGUCCACGACCUGAGCCAGCAUCUCCUGAUCCAGCUCGUCUGCUUCGUUCUGCCACCUGCGAACAGUGUCAUCGGAGAAUCUCAGACGUCAAAUGCGUCUGCGGUGGCAAAGAAACUACAUCGCCAACUGCAUUGUCUCCCGUCAUCGGGCUGCUCAAACCUCGCCUCCCGUGCCGAUACACUGACUCUCCUUUCGUCUGCGCGUUUCCUCCUUCCGGCGCCGACAUUGCUCGGUCAAGAAUGAGAGAUAUCUCCAAGCCUCAUUGCGCAUCUGAUUGAGGGCUUUGACACCCACCGCAACCCAAUCAACCGAUAUCUUCCUUCCGCCGGCCUCGAUCAAGCUAUCGUGGAGCCAUAAUGGGGUGUACCGGUUCUAGAAUAGAACCUCAAGAGAGGGAAUCCAGUGCACGAAAUGCGAAGAUCGAGCGCCAGUUGCGACAUGACAGAAAAACAUAUGCACGGACCGUCAAGAUCUUGCUAUUAGGUGCGGGAGAGUCGGGCAAAUCCACCAUAAUCAAACAAAUGCGCAUCAUCCAUUCUAGGGGAUUUCAGGAUGAUGAGAGAGUGCAAAUCCGAGCGGUUAUCUACUCCAACGUCGUCAUCGCGUUUCGCAUAUUAUAUGAGAUCAUGCAGGAUGAGAAGAUCGACUUCGAAGACGAAGCCAACGAGGCUCAUGCCGAAUUCCUUGACUCUAUCCCGUCCGACGUGGAUGCCCACGAUGCCUUUCGCGACAAGAGAGUCAAAGAAGCCAUGCUCACCAUGUGGAAGGAUGCUGGUGUCCAGAAGGCAGUGGCCAAAGGUCAUGAAUUCGCCCUGCAUGACAACCUCAGCUACUACUUCCAGAACAUCAACCGCAUGUUCGAACCUGACUGGAUCCCCGAUGACCAGGACAUAUUGCAUGCUCGACUGCGUACCACUGGCAUUACCGAGACCGUUUUCGAGCUUCGAGACCUGACUUUCCGCAUGAUGGAUGUUGGAGGACAGAGAUCCGAACGCAAGAAAUGGAUUCAUUGCUUUGAAGGUGUCCAAUGUCUGUUGUUCAUGGCUGCUAUGUCCGGAUAUGACCAAUGUCUCGUGGAAGACGCAAAUGCCAAUCAGAUGCACGAGGCAAUGAUGCUUUUUGAGUCUUUGGUCAAUGGCCAAUGGUUCAAGGACAAGCCGAUCAUCCUUUUCCUCAACAAAAUCGACCUGUUUCGUGAGAAAUUGCCCAUUUCUCCCAUCUCAGUACACUUCCCGGACUACACCGGAGGCGAUGCUGAUGAGAAUGCCGCAAAGGAGUUCUUUGCCAACAAAUUCCGAGCCCUUAAUCGAAACAGCAACCGAGAAAUCUACAUUCACUUCACAAACGCCACUGACACCAACCUGCUCAAAGCCACCAUGGAAGAUGUACAGGAUAUUCUAAUCCAGAAGAACCUUCAACGACUUGUGUUGUGAUGAGACUGGGCAUGAGUUCUUCGCACAACGUCAGCUCUCCGGUUGUUCUUGGUGGACAUGUCGAAUUCUUGUCUAGAGCCCGGAGAGGUGAGACCCAACAACUGUUCCAGCCUGCGUCGCACUUCGUCGGCCUUUUUCGUCAUCCAGGCAUGGCGAUGUCUUCCCUUGUCAAACAACCCAUCGUCUCUCUUUCCCAUGAACCAGAAUUCUUCUCAGAGAGGAAACCGUCGGCCCAACCCGUCAAUCUUUGCUUGAUUCCCCCCUUUAAAACAGCGUCGGCGAAAUCGGAGUGCAGGCAGCGGGUGACAUAUGCGCUUGUUAUCAUUUUCAAAAAAUGAGCGAACAAUCGGACGGACUUUCGAGAGCAAAAGAGAAGGAUGCUCUCAGAGAAAACGGUGCUCUCGUACAAAGUGUCACAUUCGGGGCCGGGUCCUGUGUUUGUGCACAUAAUUCCAGGGUUGUGUUUGUUUUCCCCUUCUUCGAUUCCCCUUACCCGCAGAAUUCUACGAGCUUGAUGACGGUUGAUGAGAGUGUCUCCCUUUCCCGGAGCUGGUUACACACCUGUGGCUGCAGUCUUGUUCGUUUUUGCAGUUGUUUCGAGUCGGACUUUGUGGGCGGCAGAGAGGCGGCGGAAAGGCGAGGUUGAGCGUUCCUGUGGGUGGCUUGUGGUCGGGUGCCAGUGUGUGGAUCAUGGAAUUUACUGAGCUGCGAGAGGCUGCGAACGGAGAGACUGUUCACGGGUAUGCUGUUCAAGACUUGAAGCUGGCUGUCUGUUCUAUGCCGGGCAAUUCUGCGAAAGAAGACGGCCACGAGACGUCAUUGAAAGACACAUUGAGAAGGACAGAGAACAAUGAAUGAUCCACGCCAUAAGAAACUCAAGACGUAAGACUCAACAAUUAGAAGGAUGACUACUAGUAGCAUGCUGUAACGUUGGUCUCUUAUCUCGCUGCACCAAGUAGGGAAGUUUGCAUUUGACCUGUGGUCUGUUUUCCUUUCCUUUUCCAGGUCGCACAGCACGAAAAGAUAAUUCCGUAUCAGACUCAAACGCACGCUCGACCCACAUAUGUCCAAACACCCAAGUA